AGGUCUGGUCGCAGAGGCAGGGACGUGUAGUCGUCAGCGUGCUCCAUCCCGACAGCAUCCUUCUACGGCUCGGCAGGGCAGCGAGCCUCUGGACACCCGGCCCUCCGCUCCGCGGAAAAGCCUGAUGAAGUCCUCCGAUAUCGAUCAGGAUUUAUUUACAGACAGUUACUGCAAGGUGUGCAGUGCACAGCUGAUAUCUGAAUCCCAGCGCGUGGCUCAUUACGAGAGUCGAAAACAUGCAAGCAAAGUCCGACUGUAUUACAUGCUUCACCCCAGGGAUGGUGGGUGUCCAGCCAAGAGGCUCCGGUCAGAAAAUGGAAAUGACGCCGAUAUGGUUGAUAAGAAUAAGUGCUGUACGCUCUGUAACAUGUCCUUUACCUCGGCAGUGGUGGCUGACUCACAUUAUCAAGGCAAAAUCCAUGCCAAAAGGUUAAAACUCUUGCUAGGAGAGAAAACCCCACUAAAGACCACAGCAACACCCCUGAAUUCACUUAAACCUCCACGGGUGGACACUGCUCCAGUGGUCGCAUCUCCCUAUCAAAGAAGAGAUUCGGACAGAUACUGUGGGCUCUGUGCAGCCUGGUUUAACAAUCCUCUCAUGGCCCAGCAACAUUACGAUGGCAAGAAACACAAAAAGAAUGCAGCAAGAGUUGCUUUAUUAGAACAACUUGGGACAACUCUGGAUAUGGGGGAACUAAGAGGUCUGAGGCGCAAUUACAGAUGUACCAUCUGCAGUGUCUCUCUAAACUCCAUAGAACAGUAUCAUGCCCAUCUGAAAGGAUCGAAACACCAGACCAACCUGAAGAAUAAGUAGUGAAAACAUCAAUCAAGAGAUGAGAAAAAAAAAAAAAUGUCAGGAUUUCUCUGCCGUGGAGAAUUGCUUAUCAACCACCAGAGGAAGAUGCUUUCUUGAACAAUGAACAUUUCUUAUGAGGAUUCACAGAUUAACAUAUGACUAAUCUUAGUUUUGGAGAGUGAAUGAGCGUUCUUGCUUUCUUUCUUUCUUUUAAUUUUGUGGUAAGUUAUGAUAUUUGGAUGGAUUUUUAAAUUCUUCCCUGAUGAUCUAUUUAGCACAUGUUCUAAAUUAUUAUCCUACAGCAAACAGUGGGAACAUCAUUCAGACUUAAAGACAGUGGGAAGAUCUCAAUUUCCAAUUUAUUCUAGAUUUCUUCAACAUACAAUUAUUCCAUUAAGUCCUUGAUGAUUGAGAUGUAAAGCACCUUUAUCAAGAAAUACACAUUAUUUUUCCAUCACGCUGAACAUGAUUGGUGGCAACACGCACGGAACCAGAACGAGUCACUACUAGUAGAAGAUAUAUAAUGGACACAAUUACUACUCCUUCAUUUCACCUUCAAAACUGUGAGCGAGGUUUGCCAUCUGAAUGACAAGAAUAAAGAGAGCGAAUAAAGGAAGAAGCCCAUCUUUUUUUUCUGAUCACUCAAAGAACAGUUUCUCAAGGUUAAGCCAAGUCCUCUUUGCAAGCUGCCAAAAUAAUAGCUUAGGAAAAGAAUUAGUUUGCCUGCAUGAUGAUCCUCUUAGGCAAAAAAUGUCUUCACAGCCGUUGACCUUGAUGAAACGUUUUCCCAAAGGCAUCCAAGAGAAGAAUCACAAACCCCCGAAUGAGAGGGAAAUAAAUGACUAUUUCUUAUGAAGUUGGCCUGAACUGUGGGCUUUGGUGUGGGGUGCUGAUGACUGGGGAAGAACUGCGUAAGUUCUGAAGAAUGAAUGACAGCCUUGGUUAUGGUGAGUCCCCCUCUUCCUCUGUUCCUCACUGAAGUUCUCUUGCUGAGCCAAGGUUCAGUCACUUUGGAAAGAACACCACUAGCCAGUAUGACAGCCUGGAAAACUGUUAUUCUCUGAUGGGGAAUGCCUCUGAGUGUAAAUUCUGAAGCUUUCUCUGGGUGUAACUCUUCUCCGUCGUGACUCGAUCUGGUGUCUGCAAAGCCAAACAUUUAACUCCUCUUUACAAUGUUUCUCAGAGCUCUGACUGGCGUUGCCCUUUGUACAUGGUGACCACAGGCCACUGAUCUCCCGGUGUCAGGGUUUUCUGGACGUCCGUUAUUUUUCUGCAGAGAGCCGAGGUGGUCACAUCUCACUGAGCAAUAAAUGAAAUGACUCAGAAAUGCACCGUGUUGUUACGAAGGUGUUUGAAAUUUGGCACCACUCCCUUGAGAGGGCCCACUCAGGAGGGAUCAGGGUUGUUAGCCUCUGUGCCUACAGAGAGAAGCAGCUGCGCCAGCCAUGUGCUGUCCUGUGGGAAGGCAGGAGGGUCUGAUGGCAAGCAGUCCAUCUUGCUGUUUUGGAAAGCACACAACAGAGCUACAAACCUGCAAUGAUGACUUUUCUUCCAAUGUGUGAAAUAAUGCUUUAUCUGUCUAGUCCGCUGUAAAAUAAGCAUCAUCCAAGUAAAACAAACAAACAAACCAACCCCAAAAAACGACAACAAAAAACCC